AUGUGAGGAUAAAUAAAGCCCCCCUUCUCCCCCACCUAAUCCAGUGCAUCACAUCAGACAACAGGGGAGCCAUGGUGAGAGCAAUGAAAUAAUCCUGCCUCUGCUCACCCAAAGGAGGGAGGAGAUCCUCCUUACACCCCACCCAGAGAAACACCUGGACAAGAAACAAAGCAACAGAGAAAGAUGCCCCUAGAGAUUCCUCCUUAUGAAGAUAACAAUGGAAGGGGAAAAUGUGAGGGGAGGAUUUGAGGAAACUAGCCUCUAGACAAGUGACAGUCACAGGGGAUGUGGAGACGUCAGCAGACUCCAUAAGAGGAAUGCCAGGAGAGUGAAAUGUUUUCAUUGCUGCUGAGCUUCUCCCUCCCAGCCUAGCCUUCCCCUAUCCUUAAUUAAAACAACUCCAAGAAGGUCUUUGGUUCGAUGAGGUUAUUUAGAUGGAUUUGGGGACCCUGAGAACAGGGGGAAUGUCUCAUUCGACUGCUGAGGCCCAAAGGGGCAUCAUGAGUCCCAAUAUCACAAAAUGACAAUCUGGAUAGAAACCCAGAUUCACCUGACAUUAGACUGGCAUGGCUUCUUGCUGACCAAGUCUACUUGUCUCUUGCCUUUUCUAGAGGAAAGCUUUGACUAAACUUCUUGUCUAGUCCAGGAGUAGGUAAGGGUGAGGUGGGGUCUCUCUUGAUUUUGAGAUGAGACAGCCCCAUCCUCAGGCACUAUUCCCUACCUUUCAACAACUCCUUCCCCUUACUAUAGGGAAGUCUUUCCCUCAGUCUAACCCUCAUCUCUCCUGCUGCAUCUCCAACUCGUUUUUACCUCCUAUCCAUCCUCGGUCUCAGAUCGGAGCAGAUGAGAAGAUUAGCUUGGAAGCCCCUACUCUCUCCCCAACCCUUCGCUUUCUUUCCUAGAGGGUCCCCCCCAAAUCCCCUCCCACUUUUUUCUGAUCCUUUCUGGCCCCACCUACUCUAGUCCCCCCCUACCCCCGUCAGAACAGCAGCCAAUGGCUAUUUAUCUGAUUUGCAUAGCGGAGCGGGGGAGCAGGGAAAAGGAGGGGGUGGGGCCAAGCGACCUCUUAAAUCAAAGUUGGGAGGCGAGGACUGGGCAAAGGGGAUGCCAAGUGCCCAGGCAAGGGCUGGGGGGAGGGGGGUGGGGGGCGGGCUCAGAGGACUGUGGGGCCCGACCGGACACAGCCCUAAGCUCUCUCCUUCCAUCCCUCCAUCCCUCCAUUCCUCCUUCCCUCUCUCUUCUGCACAGCAUCCUCUGCAAACCCUCAGUGCCUGGGGGUCUUCUCUCCCAAAUCUGCCUUUAAUUACUCAUUCAUUUAAUUGUCUUCCUCCUUGCGGGGCAGCCCCAGAACUUUCUCAUCCUGCAGAGCAAAUUCGGGUAUUUGCUUGGCAUUUUUAGGGGGGAGGGGGAAGGAGGGUUCUUCUUGGAUUGCUUUUGAGGCGGGGGAUCAGGUUCGAGAGCUUGGGAAGAAGGGAGUAGAGGACCCCAGUGAGAAUCUCUCCGCCUGGCCUCGCUCGCAACUAAGCCGGCCCUCCUGCCUAGCUUUUGCCCCACCACCCCCGCUAUCCCCUUCACGCAGCGCCCCAGCUGCGGGACCACGACCAUGACCGAAAUGAGCGAGAAGGAGAACGAACCUGAGGACGCUGCCACUCUCCCCUCCCCUGGGACUGUUUCCAACCUCCAGGAAACCAAGCUUCAACGUUUCAAGCGUUCCCUAUCCCUCAAGACCAUCCUUCGAAGCAAGAGUGUGGAGAAUUUUUUCCUUCGCUCAGGCACUGAGCUCAAGUGCCCAACGGAAGUGCUGCUGACCCCCCCAACCCCAUUGCCACCUCCCUCACCCCCACCUGUAUCCACUGAUCCAGGCCUUCCCAACUCUGCCCGAUCCCCUUGUCCAGUCCAGCGUCCUUUGGCACCUCUCAAGCCCCUGAGGACCCACAGCUUCCAAGAGCAUGUCUUCAAACGUGCCAGCCCCUGUGAACUCUGCCACCAGGUUAUCGUGGGCAACUCCAAGCAGGGCUUACGAUGUAAGACGUGCAAAGCCAGCGUCCACCUCUGGUGCUCUGAGGAAAUCUCCCACCAGCAGUGCCCAGGCAAAACGUCCACCUCUUUCCGUAGGAACUUCAGCUCCCCUCUCCUGGUGCAUGAGCCACCCUCAGCCUGUACCCGAGAGUCUCCCCCAGCGGGUGCCAGUGGGAAAGUGGAUCCCAUUUAUGAGACCCUGCGCUAUGGUACCUCCUUGGCAUUAAUGAACCGCUCAAGCUUCAGCAGCACUUCAGAGUCUCCCACCCGAAGCCUGAGUGAGCGGGAUGAAUUGGCAGAGGAUGGGGAGGGUAGCAUCCGUAGCUCAGAGGAGGGUGCCAGUGACAGUGUCUUUACUCCACCAACUGAGAAUGAAGUGACAGGACCUGAGGAGAAAAGUCCUGGACAACAGCAGGCUUCCAAGGGCACCAUUCGGAAGGACGUGGGCCCCAUGUAUUCCUAUGUCGCCCUCUACAAGUUUUUGCCCCAAGAGCAUAAUGACCUGGCUCUGCAGCCUGGAGAUCGGAUCAUGCUUGUGGACGAUUCUAACGAGGACUGGUGGAAGGGCAAGAUCGGCGACCGUGUCGGCUUCUUCCCAGCCAAUUUUGUGCAGCGGGUGAGGCCAGGAGAAAGUGUAUGGCGGUGCUGCCAGCCAUUUUCUGGGAAUAAGGAACAGGGCUACAUGAGCCUCAAGGAGAGUCAGAUCUGCGUAGGUGUGGGCAGAAGCAAGGAUGCUGAUGGCUUCAUCCGAGUUAGUAGCGGCAAGAAGAGAGGCCUGGUACCCGCGGAUGCUCUGACGGAGAUCUGAAGUCCAGGCAUGGCAGGCACAGAAGAAGAUAGUGCCCCACCCCUAGGAGAUGACCCAGACACCAACUCUGCCCCCUUGUUCCCGGCUUCUGGUUCCAGGGAAUGGAGCAGGGUCUCCUUACCUGCUUCCCUGCUCACUUGCUGCCACGCUGCUGGGCACCACUCUAAAUAGACACAGGCGCUCUGGAGGGCAGGUUGGAGAGGAAGUUAAGGGCAGGGAUCAGCUGCUACCCUAAGCAGGUUUGCCCUCGUGCCAAGGUGCCAAUUCCUGCGCCCACCAGUGCCCUGCUCCACAAUGAGUCAAGCCCCGGGGAGAGCUGUCCUUCAGGGCUCUCUGUGGCUCUCCCCGGAAUUCUACCCUUCCAUUCGUUGCAUGCCUUGUGCCACCUUCCCCCUCAGUCCAGCCUGUAUGUAUGUCUGUGUGUGUCUCUCUGUCUCCGUCCAUUCGGGCAUGGGGGAGGGAAAAUGUCCCUCUCCCUCCUCAAGGCCUGCUCCCCUCCUCAGGGUUCGAAGGGGCUGGGAGAUACGGGAAGGCCUUCUCCGCUUCUCUGUUCCCGACGGCUGCCUCCCUAAUAGCACCAUCUCUCACUCACUCAAUUCUCAGGAAAGUUUCACUGGUCUCUCCCAUAACUUGAAACCUGGGCUGGCAGAGGAGGGGAGGGAUGGAGGAGAAAGAACAGGGGGUGUUCUCUUGUUUGAGAGGAGGAGGGGGCCGGAGCUGGAACAACCACGAUGGGGCCUGUCCGGAUCCUGCCCCUACUCACCCCUAGCCCAGCCGUGGUCUGAAUUCCCCCCAAGGCCAGAGCAUCCCCAACCACAGCCUCGCCACUGAAAGGCCACCCGGACAUCGCGAUAACACGCUGGCUUUGUGGUUGGGAAUAGCUACAGAAUGCUAAAAAACAACCCAAACCCUGUUGUCCUGGGCCUGACAAGCCAGGGACAGACUUCCAGGAUUGAGAGUCAGACCCAUUGCUCGGAUCAGAAAACUGAUGACAGGCAGUUUUACUUUCCUGCUUCCCUUUCUUCUCUGGCCUCCCCUCUCUUCUGUGAUCAGGACAACCCUCUGAGAGCUGGAACGGGACCCUUGGGAAAGUCCUCCCAACAGGGUGAGCCCGGGUCAAAGCAGGGCCGAAUGUUUCAGGGGGUUCAGCCUUCUGAUCGUCCCCCCAGCACCCUUCGCAGACCCCUGGGGUAGGAAUGGCACUGGCAGGAAGUGUGGGUAUCCCACAGGGGAGGGACAUCCUGAGGGGUCUCACCCGUUAAGACGGCUCUUCUUCAGCCCCAAGUCCCCGGCCUCCUUCACCACGCUGGCCAAUGCCUCCCCUCCUCUGGGCACAGACACUUAGCCUGAGAUCCUCGCCUCCCCUCCCGUCUGCUGUUCCCAGAUUUGGGGUGGGGAGAGGCUGACACCGCCACACUGCCCUGUUUGCUGCCACGAGGCUGCCCCAGCAAUACCCCCCGGGGCAGGCACGAUGCCCACUGUACAUAGAGGCUGCAUGACAGGUCUGACUCGGGCGCUGCUGGCUCCCAGACCCACUCGAUUAAAUGUACCUGUGACCCA